GGAUUGGGAAAGAAAAGACUGGAACCUCCGACUUUCAUCAGCACCACCACUCUACCACCGCCAGUGAUUCCCAAAUCUUAGAUCCCAUUAUAUAAAUCACUCUCUUCAUUCUUAUCCCCUCCAAAUCCCACCCUCUCACAUUAUCAAUUUCGGCAAAAUCGAAAGAGAUACAACUGUCCAAACCCAAUUUCUCAUCGUGAUUCACAUGGCCUUCUCGUCCGCGUCUUCAAAUUCGUCGAAACCGUCUCGAUGACCAGCGAGGCUUUACGUGAAAUCGGUGUUUAGUUCCCUAUAUAUGCACAAGGCAAGCGGUAGCAUAAAGCUGAGAUCGAAAGGGUGCGUCCAAGGCAAGCGGUAGCGUAAAGCUGAGAAGGGUGCGUCCGAUUGAGAUAUCAGAGAAUAAUAAUGGCUUCUCACUUUAAAAGGUGCCACCGUAAUAAUUCGCAGAGACCAUCGUCGGCCCAAAUCUCUGUCACCGUCGCUGCCGCUGCUGCUGAAAUCAUCGGCAGCAACGCCGACCUGGUGGUGGAGAUCCUUAGGCGUCUGCCUGUGAAAUCCCUCCUUCGAUUCAGGUCAGUCUCUAAACCAUGGCUCUUUCUCAUCUCCAGUCACCGCUUCUCUCUCCUCCACUUGCUACAGCAGCAGCAUCCACAAUUCGUUGAUCCCAAAAUCUCCGGCCUUUUCUUAUCCAAUAGAUACUUCCCUGAAUUCAUCAGAUACAUUCCUCUCAUUCACACUGACUUGAAGAAGAAUCGAUGUAAUAGUUCUACUAGUAUUAAUAAUGGUGGAGAUGAAAACAAGUCACUUGCUUUCCUCUUUCCUGACAUGAAUACUACUACUACAACAAUCAUAGAAGACUCUUGUUGUGGUCUUCUACUCAUCUGCUGUGAAACUAAGCAGUCGAAUUCUUGUAACCGAUGGUCUUACCAUGUUUGCAAUCCUACUACCAAGCAAUUCUCCACUCUUCCCUGGCCUUUUACCCGCACUCGCAGUCAUCCUCCUGACUAUUUAUAUUUGGUUUUUGAUCCUUUGAAAUCACCUCACUACAAAGUUGUUUUACUUCAAAGUUCACUAAAGGGUUGCUACUUGUGUCAAGUACAUAUUUAUUCCUCAGAAACCCAUGCCUGGCGGGGGCCAUAUCCCAAUAUUGGUUAUCAUCAGUUACCAUGUAAUGUGAGAUUAAGUAGUGGAGUCUAUUGCAAUGGUUCCAUCCACUGGAUUUCCUUCUUCCCACUACCACAUAACGCUUCCUUAUACUUUGAUGUUGAUCAAGAAAGAUUCUGUCCGAUGCCAUCUCCACCAUAUCGGCCUGAUGCUUUUAAAUUCUGGCAUUUUGGGGAAUCCAGAGGUCAUUUGCAUAUUAUUGAUUAUAUUGAUGGUACCGGAUUUAAUUUCAACAUUUCUGAGAUGGAAAUUGAUUACUCCAAGUGGUCAUUGAAGUAUCGGGUUAACCUUAACUCGAUUAUGGUUGAUCUUGCAUCAAAAGAGUUGAUGGUUGUCCGCCCUGAUACAGUCAGGGUGCUUCGUUUAAUUCAUGGAGAAGAUGAUGGGGACGUGUUUUUGGUGCUAUUCAUAGACACAACUAUGAUCAUCUCCUACAACAUUAGGGAUAACACCUUUAAGAAGCUUGAUGAUGUAGCAAACCAUCCUGUUUCUUUGCGCAUUCCUGUUUCUUCUCAUCGUUGGUGGCGUGUCCAUCGAUGCAUUGAGAACCUCUUUCCUGUUUGAGUAUCACUUGGGUUGGGUGGUCACUAUUUCAGCGUUUUAUGUCCAUCAAUUUCAUUCUAUGGUUGUUUGUCACCAGUUAACUUAGCAGCAUCUUGUUUUAUGGUACUCAUUGACAACUUGGGUUGUGACUAUUUCAAAUUAUUGUAAUUGUAGUUUCAUUUUCUAUCUUAAUAUUUAUGAAAUUGUUUGAUUUAUGAGUUUGCAGUUC